CAAUUCACUUUUUGUCCUGAAUACAAAGUGUUAUGGUUGGGAUUAAUCCAAUAUAAUCUACAGAGUACCACUGGUGGCUGCAUCAUGUUAAAGGUAUCCUUGUAAACGUUAAGGACUGGGGAGUUUUUCAGGAUAAAAAGGAAAUGGAAUUGACCUAAACACAGGCAAAAUCAUAGAGGAAAAUCCUAGUGGUUCAGUCUCCUUUCCUAAAGCUAAAGUUAAAAGUCUGUAUUAUACACAACCUUUUGAGGUUAAAUGCAAUUACAUUAUAAGAACUAAAGGUAUGACAUCAAUGCACUGUAUUUGACUUUUGAUAACAGAUUCUGGUACAAGCCAUGCACUGAAACCACGUUCUCGACACUCCUAAAUUCGUCAUACACUCAUGUAUUACACAUAUAGUCUCAUAUCUUUCCCUCCAAUUGAUUCUGUCUAUUAAAAAUAGUAUAUUAAUUGACUUCAGCUCCCCAGGAGCAGGGAUGGAGAUUUGGAGACCAUUUAUUUUAUUCCUCAGUACAUUGCCCUCUACAUGUUAGUUCAUAGUAAAAGUUGCCAGUUCUGUUUCACCUUAUUUAAUGGUCACUACAGAAAUAAUGUAUUUUUAAUGGGCAGGUUUGAAUGGGCAGGGCAGGUUCGCUCUCAGUCUGUUCUCUCUGAUAAGGUGUGUUUGUUAACCUUCUCCCUCUACUACUUGACUCUGUAACAGUCCCAUAUUCCUGGUAUCGAAUUCACCUCACUCCAUCUCUGCGAGACAAUGAAGGAUACACACACCCUGCUCAAUCUGCUUCUGCUGCUAGUGUUCCUAGCAGGAUCAGCUUUGACCACUGAUGGAGGGAGUGGCAGUAUCAAUGGUCCCUUGGAACUAACCAUUGUGGGACCUGACUUUGUUAAAGUGGGUGUGCCACGCAGCUUUGACUGUGCUGCCCAGUGCUCUCCUUCCUGUAGCUACAGAAUGAGUAUCGACGGGCAGAUUUGGCAAGGCAAUGAGCUGUUGUUCACAGCUCGCCAAUGGGAGGAGUCCCUAAACCUCACAUGCACUGCAAGGAAUGAUGACUCUGGGAGGUCCUCUACAGUAACAAAGAUACUGCAGGUUUUAGCUGGACCUACCAACAUAUCGAUCACAGGCCCUGCCCUGAUGACCCCAGGGGCCCCUCAAAGCUUCCAGUGUAACGCAGACUGCCGUCCCUCCUGCAACUACACCUGGAAGAUAAAGGGUCGAUGGCUCGGGGGGCAGGGGAACAAGAUUACUGUAACUCCCGAAGAGUUGGCCACCUCUGCUACCCUGAACUGCAAGGCCAUCAACAGUGUGUCCGGGCUCUAUGCCAUGGCAACCAGGACAAUUCCUGUAACAUCUGGUCCAUCAGAGGUCCACGUCAUCGGCCCAGACUCUGUUGCAGUCGGCUUCAAGUCCAUGUUUCAGUGCACUGCCAAAUGCACUCCCGCUUGUGACUACCGCUGGACCAUUGAUGGUCACACUGUCCACGGUAGUGAGAUGGAGAUGACGGUCGAGCGAAAUGUGAAGUCAGAGAAGAUUAUGUGCCACGCUCAGAAUACGGUCUCAACUCAUUUUGAGGUGGUCACCAAGUCCAUACGGGUGGAAGAAAAUGACAAAAAUAAGAUCCUCUCCAAAAAAUAUGGUUGUCAAGCUGUGUCCAGUUUGUGUUUGUCCAAGAAGACCAUCUCUGGGAGGAAGCAUCAGCAUUGUACAGCAGCUGAAACCUGGUCCCGAUUGAGUCCGAACAUACCUUGCUGACAACAACACCAGGUUCCAGAACAUUAAAGCUGUAAAACAGGAAUAUAGACUGAAAAUAGACAAGACAUUAAAACAUUGAAUACUAGCUACAGUGACUUCAGAAAGUAUUCACACUCCCUGACUUCCACAUGUUGUUAUGUUGGAGUCUGAAUUUAAAAUAGAAUACAUUUCAAUUUUUUGUCACUGGCCUACACACAAUACCCCAUAAUGUC